AAAGAAAAUUAUAUUAAAUAAAAGUUGUUGGAGGUCAUACCAGUCUUGUCCAGCUGUGCUUUAGUAUCAGAGAAGAAAUCUGAAACCGUUUCUGAAUGUCUGAAAGUUGUUUAUGAAACUGUGUUGCUAUUAAGAAGUAGUUGCAGAGUUACGUUAGACUCGGUAUGGAUUAGUUCGAUUUAACUACUGUUUAAUUAUGUUAUUACUUUAGUUGCUCGUAUACUGGCAUACGUAAAACGUAACUUAUACACAGUAUAAUAUAUACAGUACAUACACAUGCUCGCCUGCUUUGAUGGAUUAUAUUAUGUAUCAAUUGAAAGAGUAUGGCUGCAACAGAUAUUGUCAAAAUUGGUUGCUACGAACUGGAAAAAAUAAUUGGAAAAGGAAAUUUUGCUGUUGUUAGACUGGCUACACACUUAAUAACUAAGUCCAAGGUUGCCAUAAAAAUAGUUGAUAAAAGACAAUUGGAUACAGAAAAUUUAAAAAGAAUGAAUAGAGAGGUUCAGAUUAUGAAAUUGCUCAAUCAUCCACAUAUUAUUCAAUUAUAUCAGGUCAUUGAUACGGAAGAUAUGCUUUAUCUCGUAACAGAAUAUGCUAGUGGAGGAGAUAUCUUUGAUUAUCUAGUCUUGCAUGAAAGAAUGGAAGAAAGCAAAGCAAGAAAAAAAUUUAAGCAGAUCAUUUCGGCUAUUAGUUACUGCCAUAAACAUUAUGUCGUUCAUCGUGAUCUCAAAGCUGAAAAUUUACUUUUAGAUGAAAACAUGAACAUUAAAAUAGCUGAUUUUGGAUUCAGUAAUUACUUUCAAUCAAAUAAAUUUCUUAAAACUUGGUGUGGAAGUCCUCCAUAUGCUGCUCCAGAACUUUUUGAAGGAAAAGAAUACGAUGGUCCGAAAACAGAUAUAUGGAGUUUAGGAGUCGUAUUGUAUGUUAUGGUAUGUGGAGCAUUACCAUUUGAUGGUAAAACAUUGCAGAGUCUUCGACAUUGCGUAUUAUCGGGAAAAUUUCGUGUUCCAUUUUUUAUGAGUUCAGAUUGUGAAAAUUUAAUUCGUAACAUGCUUGUUGUUGAUCCAGAAAAAAGGUAUAGCUUAGAACAGAUUAAAAAGCAUAAAUGGAUGAGAGAAGAAAGCAAUAAUUCAGAAAUAAUAACUGAAAAAUGUAAUAAUGCAAUAAAUGAACCCGAUACAAUAAAUAAUGUACUUGUUGAAUACAUGGAGCAGAUGUGUGGAUUUACUCAACAAGAAAUAAUACAGAUAACAACAGGGAUAGUUGAGAAAAAUGUUACAAAUGAUGGCAAUAAUUCCUCAAAUCUCAACACAAUUCCAAUUCAUCAAAUUGUUGCUGAAAGAGCUGGGCUAAAUAGAUUUACAGAAAAUAUACUUGAUAAAAGUAAUCCUAAUUCUGGAGAUCAGAAUGCAACGAGAAGACAUACAGUUGGUACAGGAUAUAGUGAUUCUACUGAAGAAACUCAAACUGAUUCACCUCCAUUACUUUAUAAUGCUAUACCACUUAUAAAUCCAACAGUUUACCUUAAUACGCUUUUAAAUACUAAUAUACCACAAAAUCUCCCACUUGUUCAGCAUCAUUCACCUCAGGAAUUUUCUGUUAGAAAUCAUUAUUUGAAACCACCUCAUGUGAUGGGAACAACAAGUAAUUUUGGAAGAAGAGCAUCGGAUGGUGGAGCCAACUUCUCUCAAAACAAACCAUUUUUAUAUCAAUGCAAUAGUCAGUUAAAUCAACCUCAAAUAGAAAAAGUUCCUAUGAUAACAGCUUUAAAUACAAAUCUUCCACAAGAAUUGAAAAAUAUUGGUAAAGAUGAUUUUAAUGAAGCAAAUAAACAGUUUGUAGUGAAGCAACAUUCUCCUUGGUCAUUCCAACAAUCUGUUCCUGUAAAUUCCAAUAAUGAGAAUAAGGAUUUGCAAUGGAAAAAGCAACAGCCAAAAAAACAAAGAAGAACAGGUCUUUUAACAGUUAUGGAAAAACAUCCAGGAAGAGAAUGUUUCAAAGAUAUCAAAAGUCAUUUGUCAGGUCGGUUUUCUCCAGUGAGAAGGAUUAGCGAUGGAGGGUCUUCCUAUUCAUUUCACAGUCCAGUAGAUCGCAUAUAUAAUCAAUGUUUAAUGUCAAAUCAUAAUGACGAUUCUGUUAAAACUGUUUUACAAGAAUACCAAGAAUUGCAGUUAAAGCUGAAUGCAAUAAAUGUUAAUCAGUCUUCAAAUUCUUCAAAUCAGCAUCAAUAUUCACAAUCAUCUUCCAUCGGCCUUAGCACAUCCUUCAUGACUGACUGUAAAAUUUCAUCAUCGGAUUCAAAUCAAGAUCAUUGCAGCAAACUUUUAACAGAAGGCUUCGAAGAAAAAUUCCCUCUGAUGCCUUAUAACUUUUCAAUAAAUCAUAAUUCUAAGAACAUAGCUUCACAUUUAGAUACCUUCAGGCCAUCUAAAUUAGAAAAUCAAAAAUCUAAUAUAUCAAAACGUGACGACAGAUUUAUUUAUCAGGAUGUCGAUAUGGAAGAAAUAAUAGAAGAUAAUCAGUCGAACAUGUUUCAUGAACAGAACGAACCAAUUAAUUUGAUAUGUGCAAAUAAGCAAGCGGAAGAAGUGAAGAAAUCUACGAAAAGUGAUGAAAAAUGUUUUGAUUCGUAUAAAAUUCCUUUACAGCAAACAGGUGGUGAAUACAUGAUAAAGCCGUCUAAAUAUUCAGUGCAGGAAAGAGAUAAAGUGCCUUCAAAAAACGAUUUUCCAUUAUUUAAUGUUUCUCAGAUAUCAAAAUCCCCAAUGCCAAAUUAUAACUUGGAAAGUAAUUCAUUAAAGCACAUAAUUAAUUUGUCUCAAAAUUCUGAACCUUUUCAAAUACCAUUAAUAACAAAUUCUUUAAUUUCAAAUUCAUCUGAAAGAACAUUUAUUAAUAAUUUACAGAGAAUACCCAGUGAUAGUGUUCAUAUUUUAUUAUCUAACAAACUUGAUUCUUUUAUGCAAGGAGCAGAUAUAUUACAGAAAAUUCAACAGAAACUGGAUCCUAAACAGUGCGGAUUAUCAAUCAACUUGCAACAAUCAAAAAACGGUUUAGCAGUAGAACAUUCCAUGGGAGUACAAAUAGAACUUGUUUUGUGUAAUGGUCCGCAACCCGAAGAUCUUGGCCUUAAAAUUCGUAAGAUAUCGGGCGACCACAUCCAGUACAGACAACUCUGCCAACAAUUAAUUACUUGUAUAAAUAGUUAAUUUCCAGUGUAAUAUAAAAUUUGCCAAAUUGAUAAUUUUAUACUUUUGUGGAAUUUUUUAAAUCAUGAAUGAAAAAAAUGCCAACCAGUUAUUUUGAAAAUAAUUUAUAAUUUUUUUAUAUACAAAACGAUUAAUAAUUUAUAUAAUUAUUAAACUUAAAGUUUAUAUUUUAAGAUUGAAAAUCAGCUUUGUAGCCAAAGUUUAGAUUUUGUCUUUUUCUUCUGCAAAUUUUGUAAAAAAAAAAAAAAAACAGAAAAAAUUAAUUAUUGUGUUAAUAUUUUACACUAAAGUACUUUUUACUAUUAAUAUUAUACAAAAAUUAAAUAAGAAAGCCAUUGCAUAAUGGCUCAGAUUCAUUUAUAGUUACACUGAAUAUACAUUUUAUUUUUAUAAACCUAUUUUCAAAAUAACUGAUAUAACUGAUACACAAAUAUGUACAGUAUAACUAAUGCCUGUAAAUAAUUUUAAUUAAAAACUGAAAUAAAUUUUGCCAAAUUCUGUUCAUUUUACUUUAAGAUACUGUUAGGGUAUUCAGUGUUAGAAUGUAAACACAGUGGCUAAAUCAGGGGUGGCCAA